AUGUUUCUGCUACAUCUGUCUCCCUCUUUUUCGCUGCUCACACCAGCCUCAGAGGUUUCCAUCCGCCAGAGCCUGCACGAGAAAUUUCUCUGUGUCCUGCUGUUGUGCAUCCUGGCGGCUGCCUGCCUGGCAGAUGUUUCCCAUGUGAAACACCAUAAGCAUCAUCGCCACCAUGAUGACGACGAGCAUUAUAAUUAUCUGCCACCGUCGGAGGAAAAGGAUGACCUGGAGCAGCCCUUCUACAAAAAGGAGAAGCACACCAGUGAGCGCGUGGUCUACCACAAGGAGGAGGAACACGACGAACUACCCCGCCAUCAGCAUCACCACAAGGAGCAGCACUACCACCACGAGGAACCCAAGAAACAGCGCGUGGAUCACUACCAUCACUACGACAAGAAGCCGGAGGUGAAGACCGAACAUAUCCAUUACAAACACGACAAGCCGCAGGUCCGAACGGAUAAUAGUGGGGACCUGUUCACUCCGGCGGCCAGCCAAGUCGUAUAUAGACGGCGCCGUCCCCACCGCAUAACCUACGCCAGUGCCCCCAACUCUGUCUUUCACACGCACACCCAGAUCAACGUCCAGUCGCAGGACUCGGAACUCAACUCGCUCACCCGCCCAGAUCUCCCAGGAGGACAGCAAUUGCCAGCCGGAGCCCAGGCACCCACUGGCGCACAGGCGCCAACAGGAGCUGGCUUCCUGCCCAACUGCCAGAUUACAGGAGCUGGCAAUGCUCCUCCGGGCUGUGGACCGUCGGAUCCACUUGGAGCUCAAUUACCUGCAAGCGCUUUGGUUCCAGGUGCUGGGCUGCCUGCCAAUCAAGGAGCUCCGAUUCCAGCCGGUGGGCAGUUGGCUGUUCAGGGCAAUGGCCAGCGCCCACAGAAACCCUCUCGUCCAGGCGGAUACGGCGGCGGCUAUGGUAGAAACAACUUCUUCUUCGAUCCAUCGCUGUCUGCUCAGCUGGGCACUGCAGGCUUCCCCGUCCCUGUUGGCGGUGCUCAGUUGGCUGCAGGUCAAGGAUUUCCCAACCAGAAUCAGUUUGACCCCUCUUUCGGUGCCCAGUUACCCGCCGCGGGUCAAGCUCCUGCAGCUGGCGGCCCUUUCGAUCCAUCAUUUAGUGCAGCCGCUCAACGGCCGGCGGGUGGACAAGCACCGCUCCAGAAUCAGUAUGACCCCAAUGCACAAUUCGGAGGUCAGCUGCCCGCUGCCCAACAGCCAAAUCAACUCGGAAAUCCCGCUCUGGGCGCUCAGCUGGGAGUUGGCCAGGCUCCGCUUGGACAGAGGCCGAAUCAGCCGAGUCCUCCUCCGUUCGGUGCUCAGCUUGGUGCUGGACAGGCGCCUCUUCAGAAUCAAUUUGAUCCAUCUUUGGGCGCCCAACUGGGAGCGGGUCAAGUGGUGCCACGUUUGCGCUCUGGACGUCCACGCAACCGUUCCAACUACCAAGGUCUAAACGUUCUCAAUGGCAAUGUGUUCGGGCAGCCGCAUCUGCAGGGACCAACGAAUGCUCUGGGCAACCAGCAGGACACUAACAUCAUCGAUGGCAACUUCUACAGCGAUCCUAGCGUGCACCAUGGCCAUGGCCAUCAUCGUGCUCUGGUCUCUGUCAAUGGCAAUCAACGGUCGGUUCUAGUGACGGACGCGGAUCUUGAUGAUGCGGAUGACGAUACCGAUCCCACUUUCCCACUGGGUUUCGCGGCCAGUAGCCCACAGGCUGCCUAUGCGGCUGCUCCCAAAAAAGGCAGGAAAUCCAGUUUGAACAGGCACAGCAGCUCAAAGGAUGAUGACUUUGACCUAGGAACAGCUGCCUCAGAGCACGAUACGGACUACCGUGAGGAUGGCUAUCACUACACGAAGCCCAAACACUCGUUUGAGUAUUGA